UUACUUUUAAUUUUGGGAAAUUUUGUCGUAUAGACAUAGGAUUUGAGAACUUGUUGUAUCCUUUCUAAAGGAGGCAAUUCCAGGAAUGUGUUGUAUUUAAUUUACGGUCCAUCGAAGAGUCUUAGGGUUUGUGUUUAUAGUUUUUUAAUUGAACCCCCCUCCCCUCCCCUCCCCUGCUCUGCCUGCCUGCAUCUAAGUCUGUGUUGGGGAGGGGACCGAUCAUUUCGCUUAAUGCAAAUCUUUGUUAAGACCCUCACUGGCAAGACCAUCACUCUCGAGGUUGAGAGCUCUGAUACCAUUGACAAUGUUAAGGCCAAGAUUCAAGAUAAGGAAGGAAUUCCUCCAGAUCAGCAGAGGCUGAUUUUUGCUGGAAAGCAACUGGAAGAUGGGCGAACCCUUGCAGACUACAAUAUCCAGAAAGAGUCUACACUACAUCUUGUCCUCCGCCUCCGCGGUGGCAUGCAGAUCUUUGUAAAAACACUUACUGGAAAAACAAUCACUCUUGAGGUCGAGAGCUCAGAUACCAUUGACAAUGUGAAGGCAAAGAUCCAGGACAAGGAAGGAAUUCCUCCUGACCAGCAGAGGUUGAUCUUUGCGGGGAAACAGCUCGAAGAUGGCCGCACCCUUGCUGAUUACAAUAUUCAGAAGGAGUCCACCCUCCAUCUUGUCCUCAGACUGCGCGGAGGAAUGCAAAUCUUUGUUAAGACGCUUACCGGAAAGACGAUUACCUUGGAAGUUGAAAGUUCAGAUACAAUUGAUAAUGUCAAGGCAAAAAUUCAGGACAAGGAAGGCAUCCCUCCAGACCAGCAGAGAUUGAUCUUUGCUGGUAAACAGCUCGAAGACGGUAGAACCCUGGCAGAUUAUAAUAUCCAGAAAGAAUCAACCCUCCACCUCGUUCUACGACUGAGGGGUGGAAUGCAGAUUUUUGUCAAGACAUUGACAGGGAAGACUAUCACCUUGGAGGUUGAGAGUUCUGACACAAUCGACAAUGUCAAGGCCAAGAUUCAGGAUAAGGAGGGCAUUCCUCCGGAUCAACAGCGUUUGAUAUUUGCUGGGAAACAGCUCGAGGAUGGUAGGACUUUGGCAGAUUACAACAUCCAAAAAGAGUCGACUCUUCACUUGGUUCUGCGGUUGAGGGGAGGAAUGCAAAUAUUCGUCAAAACUUUGACUGGAAAAACUAUCACUUUGGAGGUCGAAAGCUCUGAUACAAUUGAUAAUGUGAAGGCGAAGAUCCAAGACAAAGAAGGGAUCCCACCUGAUCAGCAGCGUCUCAUCUUUGCAGGGAAGCAGCUUGAAGAUGGUCGUACUCUUGCCGAUUAUAACAUCCAGAAAGAGUCGACCCUUCACCUUGUUCUUCGCCUCCGCGGCGGCAACGGAAACUUCUAGAAAUGGAAGCUCAAACAGCAGCAGCUUCAGCUUAUUUUGCGUUGUUUGAAUAAACAUAUUAUGUUUUUAUUCCUAGUCUGUUUUUUUUUUCUAGUUCCAUCACUCACUAGCUGUAUAAUAAGACACAUUUUUAAUAAAUAAAAUAGUGGAUUCAUUACUA